AUGGACGUCCAUGCAUUCAAAACGCUGUUACAGAAAGCGCUGGAGCAGCGUCCGUGUGUGGACGUGGAGGUCGAGACAGAGAACGACACGGUUAAGGAGGUUUUCCUGUCGCUGACAUACAAAUUCAGCUCUUCAAUCUCUCGAAAGGGAGUUUUCCAGCUGCCAAUCGUGGCCAACGACGCUCCACAGAGUCUAGUAGAACUUCUUUGUAGUAUCCAUGCCAAGCCACCCCAAUCAAUGCUGUCGGAGCAACAAAAAGCAGAUAAAGCGAACAGGAAUACUUCAAAUAUACGGACGACUGCGGCGGUAAAUCCGAUGCAACUCAAGAGGAGACACAUGCCAACAGGAACCAUGCGUCGACGAGGCCCCAAGGGAGCCAAGUUGGCCAAAAAGUAG